UCUGCAUUUCAGAUGCUUAACUAUGACUUGAAAUAAUGGAUAUCAAAGAAUGAGAAUUAUAUUAAUUUAUACACACAUACGUGUUUGUUGAUGACUAGAAUAUUGUUAUCAUUAUGCACUCAUUCAAACAACUGAGGUUUCUGGAAUCCAGUUUGUGGUCUCCAACAGCACCUUUGGAAUAUGGUUCCUAAUUAUGACACAGUGAUUAACCAGAUCUGUAGUAAAAAUCCAAGAAAAAUUAAAUUAUAUGCUAGAGUAAAUAUGUGAAAGAAAUUUCAGGAAAGGAAGAGUGAAAAGAAAGACAAAAUGGUUCACAGUUUGCCUGAAACAAAAAUGCAAUAUCAGUUUUCAGAAUGAUUGAAUACCACAUCUUUGACAAAUAUUCACCUAAACUGAGAAAGUGUAGAACUCACACAAACAGAAAACAUCUUGACUACAAUCAAGAAUGAAAUAUAUUGCCAUCAAAGGAAUGAAAAUUCACAUUUAAGAAGAUGUCACAUGACCAGGAGAGAAAUUGGAAGCAGUGGAAUGAUAACUUUAAAGAGUGAAUGAAAAACAACUGUCAAUCUAAUAUAAAGUGAAACUUUAAUUCAGGAGCGAAUCUAAAUGAAAAAAAAAAAAAAGAAACAUGUACAAUAAAAAGAAUACGAAUUAACAAUUUAUAAACUCUCCCUGGAAAGGAACAUAUCAAGGAAUGAUAAUCUGUAAAAGGAAAUUUAACCCCAGCCAAAAAAAAGAAUGUAAUGGAUCAUGAAGAAAUAUACUGAAAAAAAAAGGAGGUUAGGGGCCAGUAUUGUGUAAUAGGUAAAUCUACUGCCUGCAAUGCUGGCAUUCCAUAUGCACAAUAGUUGUGUUCUACCAUAUUUACUUCUGAUCUGGCUUUCUGUUAAUGGGCUGGAAAGGCUGCUGAAUCCAAGUGCCUGGGUCCCUGCCACCCAUGUGGGAGACUUGGAAGAAGCUCCGGGCUUCUGGCUUUGGUCUGGCCCUAACUAGGUAGUUUCAGCCACUUCAGGAGUGAAUCAGCAGAUGGUACAUCAAUCUCUCUCUCUUUCUCUCCCUCUCUCUCUCUCUCUCUCUUUCCUUCUCUCUGCAACUAUAACUUUUAAGUAAUAAAUAAAUUUUUAAAAGAGAAAGAAAAACACAUAAGUUAAAAAUAAGUAAGCUUGAUCUGUGAAAAAAAUAUCUUAGAUAGCUAGUGGUUUGAGACAAUGCAUUUUACAAGAGUAAAACAAAGCUAAUUGCCAAUCUAGAUUAGGAAGAAAAAGUUUAGUGUGUAUGUUCUCUGAAGUCCCACUGAGUUUGAAAGGAGAUUAGACAUAUUGAUUACAUUCAAACUGUUUUAAGUACAUACAUUAAAAAUUUAACUCUUUACUUAGUGUAGGAUUAACUAUAUGUUCAUUAAGUAACAUGAAAAUAGAACUUUGUAAAAAUUAAGAGUGGGAAUGUGAGAGAGAAGAGGAGGAAGUGUUGGAACGUGGGUGAGAGGGAGGGUAUAGGGCAGGGUGUAUAUAUGACACACAAAGUAUAAAGUACUGUUUGAAGACUAGUUUUACCAUUAGUUCUCAUAGUACAACACAUUAAGGAGAGAAGUCUUACAUGGGGAGCAAGUGCACAGUGACUCCUGUUGUUGAUUUAACAAUUGACACUUUUAUUAUGACGUCAGUACUACAUGACUCUUGAUAAGUUAUUCAAGUUCUCUAGAUCCUACUUGCUUAAUUUUCAAAUUUUACAAUAUGAACUAUUCCCUUUCAGGGCAGUUUUAAGAAUGUGAAGUGUAUAGGCAUUGUACAUGUAAAAAUAUGCAUCUAAUAUAUGGUAACUGGAAGAAAUAAAGACAUAAUAAGAUGAAACCAAGGGAAAGGAAAGUUGAAAAAAAGCAAGGUUGAUAGCAAGGCAUUUAGGUUUCUGAAAAUGGCAGAUUGAGAUCACUAAUGAAUUUCACUUGAGCAUUCUGUAUAGAAAGAUAAGGGAAAAAGACUGUAAGCAUGAAUUGAAGAGGGGGAAAGAACAGAUAAAGUUCUUGCAGUAUAAUGUUUGAAGUAAGGAGGUGAGGAAAAAUGAUUUUUUUAUUCAUAGAGGUGAAAGAGAAAAUGGGAAUUUUAGAAACAGCAGACUGUGAAUAUGAACUAUUUUAAGUAGUUUGCUUGUGGAGGAAAAUAGGUCAGUGACUAGAGGUAGAAAGUGGGAAUGUGCGUAUUUGAGGAUUCUUGCAUGUUAAACUGACUGGACAGGUCCAAUAGCAAGAGAGCCGGUGGGAACACAGUAUUACAAAGAGACCAAUGCUAGCUCAAGGAUUUAGAAAAGACAGUAAAGGUAGGAAUUAAAAUGAGAGAUGGAAGAGUUGGCCCUAAGCAAGAAAAACACAUCCUGAGAUUAGAAGGAAGUUGAGUUCUGAGUCCUGACAGUGAUAAGUGAUUGCAUGUGAAGACAGGACAUUGAAGAAUUUUGUGUCUCGUAGCUUCAAAUGCUUCUCUAAAAGCUAUGGGAUAAUGUCGUCCAGUGCAAAAGAAUUUAUGCAAUUUAUACUAUGUUGGUGGUCAUUGCUUGCUUCUUUCCUAUCAAGUGUGAGGAAUCAGAGGGUAGAUGUUGCAGUGAAACAGGUUAAGCUGGAAUUUGGGAUGCCUAUGUCCAAUAUCAGAGUGCCUAGGUGGACGCCCUGCUACUCUGUUUCCAUCCCAGCUUCAUAAUGUGUACCCUGGUUAGCAGCAGAUGAGGGCCCAAGCUUGGUUUCCUGCCACCUAUGUGUGAGACCAAGAUGAAAGUCUGAGCUUUCUGAGCUGCUGGCUUUGGCCCUGACUGUUGCAGGGAUUUGGGUAGUAAACUAAAGUAUCUCUCUCUGCCUUUCAAAUGCAUAAAACUUUCAAAAAAGAAUGAAAACUCAAACACUGGAAUAUUCCUACUGAUGGAAAGACAGAAUUCAGGCCCAACAAUCCUCUUCUAAAGAAGAAUUUUUGUAUGUGAACAAUCAUUGUUUGAGGCUUCAAAUCACCACUCUCAUUUCAGAAACUUAGGAAAUGCCCACAGAAGGAAAUGACAUGUGCCAGUUACUGGCAAAGACUUUUGGGAAAUAAACAAGAACCAAGACUCCACAUUUCGAUGUCCUCUACAAAAUCAGCUUCCCAAAAAUAGACUCAUACAAGCUGUAGUCACACUUGAAUGUCAUGUUUCUAUUAUUGUGAUGACAUAAAAUCAUUAAACUACUGCUAGUAGUAGUAAAAGCAGUCAUGUCUGGUAAUAGAGCUUCUCUGUGCCCAUUGAAAGAUAAUUGCAUUUUAAAUGACAUAUGGUGAGCAAUGUCCUUUUGAGAUGAGUGGCAUGGAUGGAGGUUAGACUUCCAAAGUAAUGUAUUAAAUGUCCUCCUGUGAUAUUGCUCUUUGAUACUCAAGCAAGUAGUUCUGAAUAAUGCUGUCAAAUGACUGGUGCUUUGUGAAAAGGGGGAAUAAGAAGGUUUCCUGUUACUUAAGGGCCAUCCAUUACAUUUUUAGUAAUAAUUACUAAGUUUCAGAUAACUGAGAAAAUAUUCUUAACAUGGAAAUUCAAUCACCCUCCCUUAAUCUCUUAUGAAUUUUUGUCUAGACUACUGUUUUUGUCACAUACAUCACACAAAGCAGAAGCUUGAUUGCCUUCUAUGUAUCACACACAUUGUCUCAAGUAAUCCUCAAAUAAUCCAAUGAGAUACAUAUGGCCAUGGACAAAUGUGUACGACAGUAUUUUGAGAUUGAACACAAUCUUCUCAAGAUCAAUUGGAUUUCAAUUCAUGUUUGAAUUAGACAAUUGAGAUUUCAGGGAGACAUUGAAUCAAAUGUUUCUUCCAAGUUCUAAAAUGAAUAGGUAAGAAAGUGUUGGUGUCCUGAGAUCUUCAAAUAUCAAUUUUAUCAUCAAUAAAGCUGUAUUGAUAAAAAUACUCUGUAUAUAAAGCAAAAACAACAACUACAAAACAAAUUGUACAUUGGACUAGUAUCAUCACCCUAAAACUAGCCCUUAGAAUGAGAAGUGUAGGUACACAGACAGUAAUUUUCAAGGAGAAAUUAAGCUUCCCUUGUACCUUUCAAGACAGAGUAAUGCAGGUGGAUUUUCCCAAUAAAAUAAAGAUAUUCCUUUUUUUUAUGGACAGGGAAAUAGUGAGAGGUGCCAAGAUUAACUUGUAUCCAAUACUUUCAAGAGAACCAGAGUUUUGUCAUUAGAAGAAUUAGAUAAUUCCUCCUAAACAUGGCAAAGCAUUCUGUCAAUUUUAUUAGUUUAAUAAGUUUAUUAGUAUUUCAUCUCCUCUUCCACAUUAUGAGCUUCUGAAGACUGAAAAGUGUUUUGAUCAAAUGAGUACCAAACACCCAGGCAGUACAUACAGAUCGAGUGAGACUAGAGCUAGUGAGAUUAGGUCUAGUGAGACUAGCAUGGACUCCAGGAGCCGGAAUGAAACUAGUUAGAAAAGCAACAGUUCCCCUCCUGGAAUGAAUAAGAGUUGGAAUCCAGCAAUUAUUUAUAUAACAUUGUCUCAGCUCCAGUAUUAUUCUGCAAUUGGACAUUCAUAGCUGGGAGAACAAAAGCCCAAUCGAGGGCUGGAUCAGUGAGAUGAUGUCUAAGCCUUAGAGUCCUAACCCUGAAAUGAUUAUAACUGCCAUAAUGUAACCUCUCAGCAUUUAACAAACUUGAGUGCCUUAAGCAUUUUUCUGUAACUGCCAUUCAUGAGCUGCGGACAGCCAGUUCCAUCUUUGAGAGGCCAGCUUGUAGGGAAUGAGUUUUGGGUAAGAUGAUUCUUAUUUCUCUAGGUUGGCCUGAUUUGUCUUCCUAUCUCAUUGUGACACUUGCUGCUUUUUUUUGUAAUAAAACUGUUGAAUAAAGGAUAUAAUGCAUGAAUUAUGGAUAAAUAAUUGUAUGUAAUGUUAUCAUUAAGUCUCUUUUCCUCACACAACCUCUCCAAUUUCCUCUUUUCUGGAAUGUACAAAAAGAUGCCCAGACACUAAUUAGCUCAGCAGAAGUCUAACUUUUCUCUGAUAGUUUUUUCUCUGAUGUGGAACCCAGAUUCAUUCACUCAGCAAAUAAACCUUACCACAGCAUAAUUGGGUUAUAGAAUUUGCCUUCUAUGUCUCUUACUGAAAUCCCUCAAGUUUAUUUUUAGUUCCCUUUGAGAAGUGAUGAAAUCUCUUUUAUCUACACCAAAAUAUUACCCCGAAACUAAAUUAUAACUUGUAAUAAUAGCUAGCAUUUUUUGAAUAUUCACUAUGUGCAGGAACUGUGAUAAACACUUGACGUAGAUUAUCUCAUUUAAUCCUCACAGAGACCAAAUGAAGUGUUUACUGUCAUUAUCCUUAUUUGAUGAAGAGGAUACUGAGGCUAAUACAGAAUUAAUAGCUUGUCCAAGAUCGUCUAAUGUCAAGUAAUCAAGAAUGAAUGCUCUGAAAACACACAUACCAGCAGCAACCAGCAUUUGUUUGAGGGGAAAACCUACAGAGAGCCAAUAGUAUCAGAAAUGGUUCUCUUUACUCUGAUUCUGCAAGAUCAUCGAAUGAGAGAGGGGCCAAAUAUUCUGAAACGUCAUCUGAUGCACUGAAUCUUCAUUUGUUCACUUGUUUCCUCUAUAAACCCAAGCAAUUUGCAGAGAACAGUCUUCACAUCUGUGUUGCAAACAAAUAGGAGUUGCUGGAAGACCAGAAAUAACUUAUAUAGGUUAACAAUAUGGAAACAUCCUGAAACUAUGUUGGAAUCUCAAUAAAUUAACUGAAUCCAAGAUUCACAAACAGGGAGACUGGUCCAUGGACAAUUUGCUAUAGGUGUAAAGGAACACCAUCUGCAGGAAUCCAGAGCACUUAUUUAACUUCUGUGGGUUUUCUGGGAAAGAUCAGGACCUACUGAAGAAAUGUUUCUAAGAUCAAGAAACUGAGGCUGAGAGAAAAGGGACUUGCCCAGAGUCACUCGGCCAGGCAGUGACAAACCACUGUAGAACUUUUGCCUCCAAUAACCCCAAGGGAUGAAUAGUAUUAUUCCAGCUUUUCAAGUGAAGAGAGGAGAUUGAGCCAUGGAAAUGAUAAGUAACUUGCCCAAGGUGAAACAUACUAGGUACUAAAGUAGUGCCUGUUGGAAUUGGAAUGUGACUGAACUCCAGAAGGACCAACACCAGAUAAAUUAUGAAUGUUGAACAAGAUGACCUUACAUCCACAGCAGAUAAUGAUAGGUCCUAGGUUUAACAGGGCCCUAUUUGACCCUCUGCUUGUGGUGCUGCUGGCUCUUCAACUUCUCGUGGUGGCUGGUCUUGUACGGGCUCAAACCUGCCCUUCCGUGUGCUCCUGCAGUAACCAAUUCAGCAAAGUAAUUUGUGUUCGGAAAAACCUUCGCGAGGUUCCGGAUGGCAUUUCCACCAACACACGACUGCUGAACCUCCAUGAGAACCAAAUCCAGAUCAUCAAAGUGAAUAGCUUCAAGCACUUGAGGCACCUAGAAAUUCUACAGUUGAGCAGAAACCACAUUAGAACCAUUGAAAUUGGGGCCUUCAAUGGUCUGGCGAACCUCAACACUCUGGAACUCUUCGACAAUCGUCUUACCACCAUCCCAAAUGGAGCUUUUGUAUAUUUGUCUAAACUGAAGGAGCUUUGGUUGAGAAACAACCCCAUUGAAAGCAUCCCUUCUUAUGCUUUUAACAGAAUACCUUCUUUGCGCCGACUAGACUUAGGGGAAUUAAAAAGGCUUUCAUACAUCUCAGAAGGUGCCUUUGAAGGUCUGUCCAACUUGAGAUAUUUGAACCUUGCCAUGUGCAACCUUCGGGAAAUCCCUAACCUCACACCGCUCAUAAAACUAGAUGAGCUAGAUCUUUCUGGGAAUCAUUUGUCUGCCAUCAGGCCUGGCUCUUUCCAGGGAUUGAUGCACCUUCAAAAACUGUGGAUGAUACAGUCCCAGAUUCAAGUGAUUGAACGGAAUGCCUUUGAUAACCUUCAGUCACUAGUAGAGAUCAACCUGGCACACAACAAUCUAACAUUACUGCCUCAUGACCUCUUUACACCGUUGCAUCAUCUAGAGCGGAUACACUUACAUCACAACCCUUGGAACUGUAACUGUGACAUACUGUGGCUCAGCUGGUGGAUAAAAGACAUGGCUCCCUCCAACACAGCUUGUUGUGCCCGGUGUAACACUCCUCCCAAUCUGAAAGGGAGGUACAUUGGGGAACUAGACCAGAAUUACUUCACAUGCUAUGCUCCUGUGAUUGUGGAGCCCCCUGCAGACCUCAAUGUCACUGAAGGCAUGGCAGCUGAGCUGAAAUGUCGGGCCUCCACGUCCCUGACGUCUGUAUCUUGGAUUACUCCAAAUGGAACAGUCAUGACACAUGGGGCAUAUAAAGUGCGGAUAGCUGUGCUCAGUGAUGGUACGUUAAAUUUUACGAAUGUAACAGUGCAAGAUACAGGCAUGUACACGUGUAUGGUGAGUAAUUCUGUUGGAAACACUACUGCUUCAGCCACUCUGAAUGUUACUGCAGCGACCACUACUCCCUUCUCUUACUUUUCAACUGUCACAGUAGAGACUAUGGAACCUUCUCAGGAUGAGGCACGGACCACAGAUAACAAUGUGGGCCCCACUCCAGUGAUUGAUUGGGAAACCACCAAUGUGACCACUUCUCUCACGCCACAGAGCACAAGGUCGACAGAAAAGACAUUCACCAUCCCAGUGACUGAUAUAAACAGUGGGAUUCCAGGAAUUGAUGAAGUCAUGAAGACUACUAAAAUCAUCAUUGGGUGUUUUGUGGCCAUAACACUCAUGGCUGCAGUGAUGUUGGUCAUUUUCUACAAGAUGAGGAAGCAGCACCAUCGGCAAAAUCAUCAUGCUCCAACAAGGACUGUUGAAAUCAUCAAUGUGGAUGAUGAGAUUACAGGGGACACACCCAUGGAGAGCCACCUGCCCAUGCCUGCUAUUGAGCAUGAGCACUUAAAUCACUAUAACUCUUACAAAUCUCCCUUCAACCACACAACAACAGUUAACACAAUAAAUUCAAUACACAGUUCAGUGCAUGAACCGUUAUUGAUCCGAAUGAACUCUAAAGACAAUGUACAAGAGACUCAGAUCUAAAACAUUUAUUACAGAGUUACAGAAAACAAACAAUCAAAAAGACAGUUUAUUAAAAAUGACACAAAUGACUGGGCUAAAUCUACUGUUUCAAAAAAGUGUCUUUACAAAAAAACAAAAAAGAAAAGAAAUUUAUUUAUUAAAAAUUCUAUUGUGAUCUAAAGCAGACAAAAUUAUGUGUAUUCCUCAGAACCUGUUUUUGCUGCACUUAUUUACUAUUUUCCCACAUCUCAUCCCUCCUUUCCCUGAUUGCCAUAUUUUUCAUAGAUCUCAAUUCCCUAAAGAACUGGUCUAGGAAAUUUUGUAAGAAUUAUGUUACACUUUGAGAUUUUUAUGGUGAAUUCCAGUGGUGAGAUCCAGUCUAUUUUCUCUCCCUCACCUUUCUUUUUUUUUCUUUUUCCCUCAUGCCUUUAUAAAAUAGUCCAAUGGGGAAUGCGAUAUUAGAAAUAGAUUUUUAAGAGAGAAUGAGGAGAAAAAUGCAAGAUCUUAUAUUUUCAUGUAAUGACCUGUUCUGUAUUUAUGAGGAAGACCAUUCUAUGGAAAAGUAAAAAAAAAGUAAGCAGACAACAGAUUAAUUUACAUAUGAGCAUCUAUAAAUCCCAUGACUUUUAAAAAGCUCUAGAACCAGAAUUUGUAGUUCAAAAGCUAAAGAUAAGAUUAUAAAUAAAAUAUUGUUGGUUUUUCUGUACCUGGACACAAUUCAUUUGUAGUAUGGCUUACAUGUGAGAAAAUUGAAGGUAAUUAAAUUUCCUACUUUCUAAGAAAGAAAAUACUACAGUAUUCUUUCAUCAUAACAUCACUGUCUAUAGGGUCCUGUUUGACUAGCUGAUUUGAGUUUUGGAUUUAUAUUCAAGGAUGCUGUGGUAUUUUUUCAUUCUCACCAGGGUUACCCUUUGUAGAAUGCUCAGAUUCUAAAAUAAUGAUUAUGAAGUAAAUUCAGUUCCAUUUGGAAGAAAGUUUCAUUAUAAUUUUCCAUUGCCUAGAGGAACUAUAACUAAAAAGGUGAAAGUAUUCUAAACUAUCUAGGGUUGAAAAAGAAUGGUUGGUUCUUAGUGUUAGGAAAUUUGGUUCAAUUCAACAAUAAUUAUGAAAGACUUACUAUGUGCUAAAUUCUGAUUUUAGUUUUCUGAGUGUACAAUUGACAAGACUCAGUUCAUGCCCUUGGAUCAUUCCCAGUAUAUAUGAAAAAUGAUUAAAGAGAUAUUCUCAAUUUA